AUGGAAGAAAAGGAAGAAAGGACAGUUAUACGCAAAGAUCAAUUGGAGAUCAGCUUGCAUAAUGAGAAAAAGCUGAUUCAGGAGGGGACCAUCAUUGAUGACAAUCCCCUCGACCUGAGCGAGCCGUUUCGGGAGCUCUGUGAAGCUUGCCGCAAGGGAGAUCUUAAAGUUUGUCAGGAGAAGAUCACAGAGGGGGUCAAUAUCAAUGCACGGGAUCCUUACGACUAUACCCCCUUGAUCUUAGCGAGUCUCUGCGGCCACUACGAAGUCGCCCAGCUGCUUCUGGAGUCCGGGGCUCUGUGUGAACGAGAUACUUUUCAAGGAGAGAGAUGUCUAUAUAAUGCAUUGAACGACCGUAUACGGAAUCUGCUCCUUGAAUAUGACUACUCGAAAUCGACCGACCCUCUUCAGCCUCUUGCUGCCCAUACCGCGUCGCUCCUGGUGCGGGAGCAACCUAAGACCUCUGAUAUAGAGGUGGAUGCGGGUGACGAGACUCUAUAUUUACACAAGUUCGUACUCGCUGCUCGGUCACCAUAUUUCCGUCAAAAGUUGAAAACCUCUCCCGAGACCACAGCAUGGAAGCUUCCCAGUACCAUACCGCCGCAGGCUUUCGGAACAGCGAUCAAAUACUUAUACCUCGGAGAACCCCCGAGAGACUUGAGAAGCGGUCCAGGGACAGGGUUUACUGAGUCGGAGGUUUUCGCGGGAAUCAAUAAGAUUGCCAAAUAUCUAGAGACUGACACUCUUGUGGACAGCAUACUUGACAGCGGUGACCGAAGGCUGGCUCGGCAGAGGCGAACAACAGAAAUCGCGCGAGGACGCGAUCAACUGGAAGAAUGGUUCCGCGACAAUGUUCUUCAGAACAAGAUAGAGAUCGACACGACCAAAGUCAGCGACAUCAAGUGGGAUCACAACAACCCCAUAUUCGCGGAUGUUAUACUUCAGGCCGAUGAACUUCCAGAGGACGACCUUUACGGAGAAGAGGUCGGCUCCACGGGUCUUCCUAUCGGACCCAUUGAGUCUUCUGGGGCCAACAAAUCACAAAAGUCGGUCCUGUUCCCAUGCCAUCGAGCGAUGUUGCUACGAUCUGAGUUUUUCCAGACAAUGUUCAACUCACCCUUCCGCGAAGCUCAGAUGAAGGACCACCUCCACAUCAUUCCCGUGGAUUGUUCUCCGGAUGUUCUGGAAAUCAUCCUGACCUUUUUAUACACUGAGAGGGCAGACUUUGCACUUGAUGUCUCUGUUGAAGUGCUGUUUGCGGCGGAUAUGCUCUUCAUUGAGAAACUGAAGACGAAGGCUGCCGUGGUCAUCAGCACUCUCGGCAGUGGCAGCAUGUCACAAGCCGAAGCUGCGAAGACCACUCAAGGAAGCGCUGAAGAGGAUAUAGAUAUAUACGCCAUUAUCCGCGCCGCAUGGAUGACGCGAGUGCAGCGGCUGGAGGAGUUUGCCGCUCGUUACUUUGCCUACCGUCUCGAGGCCCACAUCGACUCGCCUGAAUUUGCAGAGCUAAUACAGGAGUCAGCGUCUCGUAUACAAAAGCGACAAGAGACCGAUUCUAUCGAGUUGCUAGAUGAUAUUAGAUUCUAUCUCAACGAACGAUUCAGGUUGAGGUUUGACGAUGCGGGCAUUGAGGAGAUGAUGGAGGAAUCUGCACAGCAGCAGCUCAUUGACCAGGUUGCUGCAGACGAAGAUAUUGAGAAGGUCACCAGUGGGGUCGAGGAAAUCGACCUCGCUUCGAAAGCCCCUACCCAGGCCAAUGGCGAUCGAUUGCCUGAGCCUCCUGCCGUGAACGGACAAGGUCACCAUACCGUCAUCCGGACCUUGGACGGAGAGAUUGCGGAUGACGAACUUAGCAGGGACGCGAUCAACUAUCAAAUCUUGAUGGAGAAGCUCGACCAGAUCUUAGAACGCCUGAAUUUGGACGCAUAA